AUGCUGUUGAGUGGAGAGCCAGGCACAGGCAAAACACUCACGUCCGAAUCAGUGGCCGAGGCGAUGCACAAACCUCUAUACAGCCUCAGCGCAGGCGAGCUGGGUCUCACGGCCGAGUCAGUCGAGCGCAGCCUCAACCGCGUCCUCGAGCUGUCGCAGAGGUGGAAGGCGGUGCUCCUCAUCGACGAGUGCGACGUUUUCCUCGAGAACCGCACCCAGUCGGACCUCCACCGCAACCAGCUCGUCUCCGUCUUCCUCCGCCUGCUCGAGUACUACCAGGGCGUCAUGUUCCUCACCACGAACCGGCUCGGCUCGUUCGACCCCGCGUUCGAGUCCCGCAUCGACCUGACCCUGCACUACCCUGCACUCGACGCGGCGAGCCGACGGCACAUCUGGCGGACGUUCCUGCCUGCCAGGUCGGACAAGAUCGACGUGGCCGAGGAGGAGCUGGAUUCGCUUGCGGAACACGAGUUUAAUGGGCGGCAGAUUAAGAAUGUGGUCAAGACAGCGCGGCUGCUGGCUCUACGGGAGAAGACAGCGCUGACGAGAAAACACUUGGAGAUUGUGAUGAGAGUCAAAAAGGGAAAGCCAGGGGGGUUGGAGAAUCAUUCAUUUCAUUAA